GAAUGUCCGAGCAGAACAGCACCCAGGAUGGCGAGGCGGAGGCCCAGCACAGCCUGUCGAUGCCCUUCUUGAUGGUGCUGGUCUUCUUCGGUAUGGGCCUGGUGGGAUUCCUCAUUUGCCACGUCCUCAAGAAGAAGGGCUACCGCUGCCGGACCUACCGUGAUGAGCUCGACUUGGUCAACAAGGAGCCGCUGACACAGCUGCAGAAUGAUGAGGACGAGGAGAUGAAUGACGACACAGUGGAGAAGAUCGUGAAGUGUAUCAUUCAGAAUGAAGCAAAUGUGGAGGUCCUGAAGGAGAUGCUGGGGGAACGCGACGCUGAGCUGGCAGGUUCCAUGGUAGUCCCCGUGCCCAGCCUCUGUCCCCAUCGCAACAGCCAAGAUGGCGGCGUGCCCCAUCACCACACUGUGCAUCUGGGAUCUGCCCAGGCCCCAUGCAUGCACUGCAGUCAGAAGAAGAGACGCCCGCUGCAUCGCCAGGGCCGGUCCAAGGAGGGCAAAAGCAAGAUGCAUCCUGGAGAGACCACUGUCUUCUCUGUUGGCAGAUUCCAUGUCACCCAUAUUGGGAAGAAACCUGCUUCCCAUGGCUCAAAGGAAGAGUCCCUUCCUGAUAGCAACCAAGAUCUUGGCUCUGGUGACUUAGACCGUGAGACUCGGGAGGGGUCUCAGAAUGGAAUAGUCCUCAUGGACCGUCUUCAGCAUGGAAGAUUCCAGGAGGCAGCAGGUGCUCGGAGUGACAGAGGACCAAAGAAAGCCCGUAAAGACAACACUCAAGGAGAGAGUCUCUUGAAUGCAACAUCCAAUUUAGAAGUUUCCAAGAAUGGACCGGAGAGGAAAAAACACCCUAGGACAGGCUCACUGCCAGAGGCUGACCAGAAAACUGGACCCUUCAAGCUGGACUCCCCUGACUUCCGAGAGGCCGGGCAGGGCGGAUCUGACUUGCAACCACGCCACCCAGCCUUUCCGAAGAGCAGAGCUCAACGGCGCAAGACCCAGGAGGAUCUGUGUGACGAAGCAUCCCAGGCGCGGAAGGUCUCGCCUCCUGGCACAGGAAAGCAACGCUGCCUCCUUGCUGCCGCCAUCGCUGCCACUCUGUAUCUUCCAGCCAACCACCCGUUCUCUCUUAGAACAGCCCUGGGCGCCCUGGCCCUGUAG